AUGGCACACAAUUCCAAAUUUAACGUCAGUUAUAUUGCUAUUCCUAAAAUAGGAUCUACUUUCCUUAAACAAAUGUUUUUUGUGUUGAAAUAUGGUCCAACAUAUGCAAACCAAAGCUUUAGCACUCCUCGUAAUAUUGUGCAUAUCAAUUUCAUAGGACAAAGGAAACGUUUAUAUUUUUACUCCUCCUUAGAAGAAACGGUGACUGUAGUAGCGGUACGAAAUCCAUUCUCAAGACUGUUUUCUGCAUACAUUGAUAAAGUGUAUUUGCCAAACUGUAUUCGUCUGCUUACAGAUAUACUUGCUUACAAGCAUAGGCACAACACAAUACACGCUGAAAAUUAUACGCCAAGUGAUCAAAAUGAUAAACAAGGUCUUACGAUCACUUUUCUAGACUUUCUCAAUUAUGCAUUGGACCCUUUUCAAAAGAAAAAAAUAUUCUGGGACCAUUAUGAACCAUGUUUCCCACAACUGAAAAAACUGAUAUGCAAUUCUAAAAGAUAUAUUGUUGUAAAGCAGGAAACGUUUGAAGCCGACAUAACAUAUGUUCUGCAAUCGUUGGGUGUGAAUAGAACAGAACAUGAAACAUAUAAUAUUAUAACAAGAUCACUUUACGAAUCACGUGUUGAAGACAGCAUUCCAGGAAUAAUCAAAGAGACAUUUGCCCAUGCUAAGGAAAAUGCUAAGUUGUGGACUGGGCAUAUUGUAGCUGAAAGGCUAUGGCAUUCAUUUCAAAUUCAGGGAUUGAUCGAUCAGCAGAUUCCUUUCCCCGAAACGUAUUUCAACUUCAAAUUGGCAUACUCGAAUGUAAGUUUCAUUUUAGAUGUUUUUCUAAAAGUAAUGCAAGGAGGAAAGUUGUCUCGAGCAGCAAGUUUAGAACAACGGAAAGAAGCAAUGUUGAGUGCUUACAAAGCGUUACCUAAACAUGUUAUACAGAAUGUAAACGAUAUGUAUGACUGUGAUUUCAAAGCUUUUGGGUAUAAUACAACUCUGUUUAGCGACGAAAUUCACUUAAAACGGAGCGAAAAUGUUGCCAAACUUGCAGCAUACAAAAUUUAA